AUGAAUGCAUUCCCAACCAACGCCGCCAAUUAUAGAAACCGAGCUUUAAAUAGUUCAGGAAAAAACGCAAAUAUAAAUUAUAAAAUAAAUUCUUAUGCAAAUAAAAAUUUGAUAUUUUGCCCAGAAUGUAAUUUACCAUUUAAUACAAAACUUCGAAUAAAUCCAUGUUAUCAUAUUGUUUGUGGAAAAUGUUAUGAAACAUCUUUACAAAAGAAUCAAAGUUGUAUAAUAUGCAAUUCAGAAAUAAAUGAUGUUGAUUUUAUAUUUCAAAAUGAUAAUAUAUAUAUAUGUCCAUAUAAUUUUUGCAAAAAAGGUUAUCUAAAUUUGAAAAGCUAUAAUUAUCAUAUUUAUUUUAAACAUGAAUUUUUAAAGGAUCAUGAUCAAAAUUAUGAAUCAAAUUUUCAUAAAGAAAAUACCAACGAAAUUGUAAAAGAUGAUUCUCUCAGUUAUCUAGAUGUGCCCGACUUUGCAAAUAAAAAUGCGGCAGACUUUCCAACCAGUUUCAAUAAUAAACAGAAUAGCCCCUUCCUUGGAAAGCAUAAUGCAAUAAACAAACCCGCUAGCGAAAACAUACCAACUAACAUUAACAACAAAAUUAAUCCAUCUUUCAUAAAUAACAAAAUAAAUAUUCCUGAUAAUUGGAAUUUUACAUCUAUGCCAUUUAAAUUUAAUUUUAACAUACCAACAAACGAAAAGUAUAACACAAACGAAAAGUAUAAUAUAAAUGAAAAAUAUAACACAAAUAAUAUAAAUACAAAAAAAAAUAAUGAAGAGCAAGAAGAAGAUGAUUAUGAUAAUUUAGAAGACCUAAUGUGA